CAGAUAUAUUUUAAAUAAGCCGCGGUUCAAAUAUUUCAAUGUCCAAUCAAGAAGAUAAUUUAAACAAUACAGUGAAUAUCCUUAAAGAUGACGAUGAUGAUAUUGACAAUGUUGAUGACGGUGAUGGUGGUAAAGUAUCACCUCCUGAUAGUUCUGAUGAAAAUUCAGUUGUGAAAUUACAAACUAAUAAUAGUAAUAAUAAUAAUAAUAACAAUGACAACCAAGAGGAGAAAAAUCCAAAUCAACCAAAAGCUACAAAAGACGAUAAAGAUAAAGACAAGAUCACCGAAAAAACAUCAACAAAAAAAUCAAUGAGUGAGGAGAGAUCAUCAACACGUCAAAAGAAUGCAUCAGAGAGUAAUCAAGAUGCUAAAGAUUCUCCAGAGAAUAGAGAGGGUGAAGGUGAGGGUGACGAGGAUGAUAGUCAAAAUGAUGCUAUCAAACCAAAUGAACAACCGAAAAAAAUUAUUGAUCCUGAAUUUUAUUAUGAAAUUAAUGAAUUCAUAGCAGGUCCAAUGAUUUCAGAAGAUUCUGGUAUACCAGACAAUCUGUUGACUAUAUACCAUCAAUUCGGGAUGGAUGCAUCACGUAGAGAGAAUCUACAAUUGCUUGAGAAUAGCGUACUUUGUCAUAUCUUUGGUAAUUAUUUACAAAUUAUGAAUACAGAGACACGGGAAAAAAUCCUCUUGCGUUCAAUAAGUGGUGUUGGCAUAGGUGCAUUUUCAGUCCACCACAGCACAAUUAUAUAGCGAUAGCUGAAAAGGGUACACUACCGUUUGUGUGUAUUUAUCAAUAUCCUGAAAUGAAAUUAUAUCGAAUAUUAAGAGAGGGGACACAAACUGCUUAUUCUGCAUGUCAAUUUAGUCCGGAUGGUGAAAUGAUCGCUACAGUUGGUUGUGAUCCAGACUAUAUGUUAACUUUAUGGGAAUGGCGUAAUGAACAGAUUGUAUUAAGAGCUAAGGCAUUUUCACAAGAUAUUUAUCGAGUGGCUUGGUCAACAGAUUUAUCUGGUGUCUUGACAACAGCUGGUGUUGGACAUAUAAGAUUUUGGAAAAUGGCGCAUACAUUUACAGGAUUAAAACUUCAAGGAAAGCUGGGAAAAUUUGGCAAAGUUGAAUUAACAGAUAUUGAAGGAUUUAUUACACUGCCAGAUGGUAAAGUUUUAACCGGUUCUGCAUGGGGUAAUCUACUUGUAUGGGAUGGAGAAUUAAUUAAAGUGCAAAUUUCAAGGAAAGGCAAACGACCUUGUCAUAAUGGAUAUAUUAUGCAAAUUGUUAUGGAUGAAGGCGAGUUGAUGACAAUUGGUCAAGAUGGAUGGAUUAGAAUAUGGGAUUUUGAAACUGUGGAUACAGCAGAAUGUUCAGAAGAAGGUGCCCUGUAUGAAUUAGAACCAAUGAAUGAAUUACGUGUUGGUACAAAGGCACGUUUAGCGUAUGUUGUUAAAAUUCCUAUACCUGAUUCAACAAUGUGGUAUGCACAAGAUUCUGAUGGUGCAAUUUGGAAAUUGGAUUUAUCCUUCUCGCAUACAUCACUGGCACCUGAACUUCUGGACGAAUUUCAUGCAAAUGAUAUUGUCGACUGUGUUACAUCACCGUUGACAUAUUGUGCAGCUACAGUUGGUCUUGACGGCAAGGUAUGCAUUUAUGAUAUUGUUCAAAAACAAGUAAUUGUUGAAAGAAGAUUUCCAUCGAGUGGUUCAACAAUUAUAUGGAGUCCUCCACAAGUUGAUCCAAAAGGUAAAAUUUUAGUUGUUGGUCAUCAAGAUGGUGUAUUACGUUUGUUAAAAUUUGGUGAAAAUCCUGAAGAGCCUAGCAAAAGGACAAAAGAUUUUGCAUUGCUAGAUCUUGGACAAGCUCUGAAACCUCAUAAGAUGGCUAUAACAUCAAUGAUAUUCAGCCCAUCUGGAAAAAUAUUCAUCACUGGGAGUAAAGAUGAAACACUUUUUUUCUUCAAUGUCCAUGCCACCCAUUUAUCACCGAUCGGUUUUGUGCAUGUUCAUGAAAAAGUUGUCCGUCUGGAAUGGUAUUAUGUGAAUAAUAAACCUACAAAUGAAGUUGUAGUUUAUCUAGAAAAUGGUUGUGUAUUAACAAUUGAAUGUCCAUCAGAGAAUGAAACAUAUGAUCAUUCGAAAACAUUUGCCUUAUCACAAUUUCACACUACACAUUCCUAUCAAUUAUUGAGUAUUAAAUCACGUUUAGAACACGAUGAAGAAUCUGAGGUGAAAUUAGAAAGAUAUGAAAAAGAAAAAGAAUUAAGGCAAGAAAUUAGACGAAUGAAUGCACGUCUUCAACCAGAAACAGAAGAAGAUGCACAAAAAUUAGAUGAUGAAGAGGAACUUAUUCGUCAAGGUGUUAUGUCUGAGAUAGCGGAUUGGGCACCAACGUAUCCAACAAGUCCAUCUCCUCUGCUCUACGGUUGCUUGGAUAGAAAUGAAGCAAAUCAUAUUUGGAUGUCACUUGGAGAUUUUGAUAAAGGCUAUCUAUAUAAAUGUAAACUAGGCGGUCCUGUAUUAACAAUUGAUGAAGCUGUUGAAAAAGUUCGUAAAGAGAAAGCAAAUAUUAAAAAACAAAAUCAAAUUAAACAUGAUAUGGAAGGUCAAACAGAAAUGGAUCAAUCAUCGGAAACAACAACAACAACAACGCCAACGGCAACAACGAUAACUACAGAUACGAAUACUGAAAAUACUGAAAUUAUUGAUCCAAAGAGUAUUACACUUGCUGAUAGAAUACCUGUCACUGAACCAAAUAAAGCAGUUUGUAUGUCAGAGAAAAAGGAUACUUCUGUCACAUAUUGGACAUUUUCUAAUUCUGGUUAUCGUGUGCUGAUUGGUUAUGAUGAUGGGGUUAUACGUGUCCAAUUAUUAGAGAAGGCAUUUGACUUGACAAGUUUUAAAGGUUAUUGGAUAUUUCGAUUGCAUGAUAAUCAACGGGGACGUGUGAAUCGGAUAGCUUUAACAUAUGAUGAAAAAUUUCUAUUAAGUGCUGCAAGUGAUGGAACUCUAUUUGUCUGUGAAUUAAUGACAGAAGAAUUACAAGAUAAAGAAAUCAAAGAAUAUCGUGCAAGAAUUCCAUCAACAUUUGAUACCAGUGUAAAAGUUGAUGAUAUUACUGAUCCUAAAGCGUAUAGUAUUGAAGAAUAUAAACAGAAGUCAGAAUAUGAUCGUCUAGUUGAAUUGGCAGAGCAGAAGAAAGCGGAAACUAGACUAAAAGUUUCUGAAUUAAGAAGACGUUUUAAAAAACUCAAAGAUCGUAAUGAACGUUUACCAGAAAGAAUUCGUUUACCUAUUUCGGAGUUUAACUUAGUUCCUCAAAUUCGUAAUGAUCUACUUAAGGAUCGUAAAGCUGCAGUCGAUUUAGUCUAUCGAGAAACGGCAUGGGAGACAGAGAAAAAUCAAUUGGCACUUGAAAAACUGGAGACUGCAUUUAUAAAACCAUUAGACUGUGAUCGUAUCACCGUCAAAGCAUUCACUACUGCACAUUGUGUCUCAUCAAUACGUACAAAUCAAUUAAGCGAUGAGCACUUAAAGUUAUACGACGAAAUCAGUAAAAUGAAAGAGAAAUCACUGGUCGAUGAAGCAAUGAAAGCACGUUAUACACAACAUGAUGCAACUGAUCAAGUAGAAAAAGGAUCUGAAAAGACAAAAAGUGAUGUAGAACAAACACAAGCACCAGUGAAAGGAGCACGUGGUUUAAGAGUUGCACAAAAGCUACAUGUACUUGAAUUAGCCAGACAAAGAAGAGCUGCUCGUCGAGCACAGUGGGAAGAAUUACAGGCUAUGAAACCGCCAGAUGACUAUGAAGAUCCAAACGAUGUUGAAGCGAUCCGAUUAGCUCAAGAACAAAUGGGUGAUUAUAAGCUGAAAUCAGCUACGAACUAUGUAAUACCAGAAAGUAUGAAAUUGAACACAUUUGGUGCUAAAUAUCGACUACUUAGCAUUGUAGAUAAAACAUUUGAAUUACGUCAUGAAUUCAAUAUCUCUUUAUUAAAUUUACGUGAUAAAAAAUUGAUGAUACUCGAGGAAUUGAAAAGAAUCGAUGGACAGUUAGAAAAAGUGAAUUGUGAUUUACCUGUCGAAGAAAUUGGUAUACGGCUACACUUGGAAGAACUUGAUAUAGAAGAAUAUCCUGAAAAAAAAUAUACAUAUGACAAUGAAAUUUUGAUGGAAUUUAAGAAAAAAUUAGAGCAGGAAGGAAUUAAAAAUCAGGCUGAGAAAAAUCAUCCCCAAGGCGGAGAACUAACCGCAACAGCAACAACAGCUGUCAAGAAGUUACUGGGCACAAAAAUGUCCUUUACUGAGUCAAUUCUUCCAUCAGAAAGAAGUUAUCGUACUGAACCAGAUAUGACUAGUGAUGUUUGUGAAAGUGAACAAAUUGUCAAAUCAAUUGUCUGGUUCCCGUUGCAUUAUUUAACAAUGAAUACAUAUCAAGUAUUUCCAAAUGAUAAUCCUGAUAAAUCGUUAUCAGCCAUAAAAUAUUCACAGUAUAAAACGUUUAAUGAAAUCUCAGUAUUUCAGGCGAGUGACAGUACCAUGCUAGACGAUCAUCCGACAGAUCAACAGCAGCAACAACAACAACAAUCACAAGAUCCAAAUAAUUUCAUGAAAAUAUCGUUAUCUCGACCGAUAAGACCAGACAAGGUGACUUCCUGUCAUAUUCAAAAAAUUGAAACUGAUAUAGCCGAGAAAACAGAUGCCACUGAUAAAGUCGAGGCGAUAUCAUUGAUAACUGAUCUAGAAACGAAUCCAAGUGAAGGCAGUUUCACGACAAGAGGUACUCGACAUAAGAAAACUAUAACCGGAAACAAUCUAGAAGCUGAACUACAAAAACAAAGAUUUAUUCGAGCUAAAUAUGAACGUGAUAUGUGGUUGGCAACAGCAAGUCGACUUGUUCGUUGUUUCGAUGCUGAAUUACGUCUGUUAAGACAUGUACGAUUCAAGUUGGAUGUCUUACUGAAAAGAGCUGAUCUUCACCAAUUAACACUAUAUGAUGAAUUUCGUUUGUUAAAAGAAUUUGAAAAAUCCGAAUGUGUUUUAACUGAGAAAAAACAGAGUCGAUCAGAGGAGAAACAUGAAAUUAACCAAAAGGUGAAUGAAGUAACCGCUAAAAUUGAACAGAAAAAGAAGGAACUAGAACGUCUCGCUCAACGUGAACAUCAAAUUCAUGAAGAAUUUAAAGCCAGUAUAAGUGAUUCACAUAAAUUUGCUGAAUUUCUUACAAAAGUGUUUAAAAAAAGGAUAAAACGUAAAAAACAAGAAGUAUUUCAUUCUGACGAAUCACAAUCAGAAGAGUCUUCAUCCUCGGAUGAAUCAAGUUUUGGUGAAUCAGAAGAUGAGAGUGGUACAGAAGAUGUUGCUAUUAUGGAUUUAGACACUUGUCCACCUGGAUGUCCUGUAGAAGAUUUUGAACACACGUGUUUAAUCAGAGAAAAACGUUUAGAUGUUGAAGAAGAAAUGGCUGAAGAGAAGAAAGCACUGGAGUUGUUAAGAAAAGAUUUGGAGACAUUCACUAAAAAACAACGUGUUAUCGAAGCAGCGCUUAAACAAGCUCAAAGUGAAUUAGAAGCUUUCCAGUUAGAGAAACAACGUAAAUUAAAUGAACUAGAAAUUAUUGUCAUUCUUCGAUUAGAUCAAAUACAUCACUAUACAAAUUUUUCUGUCCCAUCUGAUAUGACUAGUAGUUUAAUAUUUCUACGGCAUACUCUACAUGCACUGCGUAAACGUAUAAAAGAGUUAGAAGAAGAGAAGAAACAUCAACGGGUUGAAAGAAAGCAAGCGAAAGCUCGACAUGCAAUGCUACAAAAGCAUAAAAAACUAUUUCAGAAAGAAUUAGAAAAGUUGUCGGCUAUCUGUGACAAGGAGAUGAAUGAUAAAUUCGGUCAAAUAGAUGAUAUUGAAAAAAUGGAAAAUGUUAUGGUCAAUCCUAAACUGGAAGAUUUAACUACAAAAAUGUUAAUAUUACAAGAAGAAUUUAAUAAAGAAGAGGCAAAAAUUGAGGCAAAAAUACGUGUUGCACGUGAUGAUUGUAUGGGACAAGUACGUCAGAAUACAGUUUAUUUAACUCAGCUGUUAAUGCUAUUCAAUGAACAUCAACAAUUACAAAAUGAAUUAAAUCAAACACAAGGAAGUAAAAUUGGAGCAAUUCAUAAUUCUUCUGGUUAUAUAGAACCGAAACAGCUGAAACAACUUGUCCAGUUGGCAAAAUUACAAAGUGAAGAAAUUCAUGCCUUGACAAAAGAAAUUCAACAACUUUCAAGAUAAAAUUAUAUGCAUUCAUCGAUCGCCGUGUUCUUAUCUUUGUGUCUCUGUGUGUGUGUGUGUGUGUGUGAUUGUCAUAUUAUGUAAUCUCAAUCAUAUUGUCUUUAUCAGUAAAUUAAAUGUAUGCUUUAUUUGACUAGGAAAUGAAAAUUACUCAAUAAAUACUUUACCAG